CCGAAUCUUGCCGAAGAUCCGUAGUAAAACUUGUUGGGUUAGUCUGGUCAGAUCGUUUUUAAUAUUGUAGCACCUAGUGGACGCAGAACACAAGAUGGGUUUGUUUGAUACAGUGAAGCACUACAAGAAUCAGAACUACACUGCCCUGAAGAAGGAAUGUGUGGAGAAGGGAACCCUCUUCAUUGACUCCGAGUUCCCUCCUGAUGACCGCUCCCUUUUCUUCACCAAGGACAAAAUACAAGGGGUUGUAUGGAAGAGACCAAAGCAAAUUUGUGACGACCCUAAACUGUUUGUGGAAGGUGCAAGUUCCGGUGAUGUUUCACAGGGUCAUCUUGGCAACUGCUGGUUCGUUGCUGCCUCCUCUUGUCUCGCGGAGUUCAAAGAAAUAUGGCAUAAGGUGAUUCCCGACGCGAAGGGGCAGGAAUGGAAUGCUGAGCAACCAGAGAAUUAUCAGGGUAUUUUCCGGUUCAACUUCUGGCGUUAUGGAGAGUGGAUCGAGGUUGUCAUUGAUGAUUUCCUGCCCACCAUUAACGACAAGCUGGUGUUUAUUCAUUCCCAGAGUCUCAAUGAAUUCUGGAGUGCCUUACUCGAGAAGGCAUAUGCCAAGUUGUUUGGGAACUAUGAAAGUCUUGACGGUGGGGAGUUGAGUGAGGCUCUAGAGGAUUUCUCGGGGGGUGUUUCGGACACGGUUGACUUGGUAGGCGACGGAGUCGCCACAAACGUGGAAGAGAGGACAGCGCUGUACAGUCGACUUCACAAAGACAUGAACAGGAAGUCCCUGAUGGCGGCUUCAAUCCCUGCCACAUCACAAGCAGAAAUGGAAGCGUCGACCGAUGUCGGACUGGUGAAAGGUCAUGCCUACGGAAUCACAGAAGUGAAAAACAUUCACCUCGAAGGAUCGGGAUUGUUUGGCAUGUUCAACCGAGAUAAGAUCCCGAUGAUUAGACUGCGCAAUCCAUGGGGGAAGUGCGAGUGGAAUGGUGCCUUCAGUGAUGGGUCACCAGAAUGGAACAAGAUCAGUAAAAGCGAUAGAGAGAAAAUUGGACUUACAUUUCAAGAUGACGGAGAAUUUUGGAUGACAUUUGAGGAUUUCUGUAAGUACUUUGUCCAGGUUUGCGUCUGUCGAACGGUGAACACGUCGUUUCUCAGUCUGACCCGAACCUGGCACGAAGGCUUGGCUCACGGACAGUGGAAGAAUCCAGAUCGUGCAGGGGGAUGUUUCAACAACAGGGACACCUUUCUGAAAAACCCACAGUAUUCAUUUGAUGUGACAAAGGAAGAGGAUGAGGUCAUGAUUCAGCUUUGUCAGAAGAGCACCAGGCUGCAGGCUGGCAGCACUAACCAUGCAAUAGGAUUCACUGUACUUAAGGUUGAACUGAACCGCCGUUACCGUGUUCAUGACGCCAAUCUCCAGGAGAAGGUUGUAUCAUCGAAAUUUCGUGACAGUCGGUCUAUGUUCCUGCGUCAGUCAAUGAAGAGAGGUCGCUACGUGAUCAUCCCAUGUACGUUCGAGCCGGGCAAAGAGGGCGAUUUUCUGCUCCGAAUGUAUACGGAUUCUCCAAACAAUUUUAAAGCAUUGGAACAUGACGUGCCUGGAGGCUCCUGGUGGAACUGUGUGUCCAAACAACCCGUGAUGGUCACCAACAUCAAGGUGAUGCGAGCCACCGAUCUACAGAAACAAGACGCCCAAGGUGCUGAUCCGUACUGCGUGAUAUCAUGUGAGGGGGAGAAAGUGACCACUCACUUAUGUCCGAACACCUUGAACCCAGAGUGGAAGGAAGCGGCACUGUUCUACCGGAAAGACCCGAGAGGCAGUCCAAUCAAGAUACAGAUUUGGAACAGCAAUGUACUGCGAGACCAGUAUAUGGGGAAACAUGUCUUUAUGAAUGCCGAUGAAACCAACACAAUCGCGCAGGAAGUUGGGCUGGUUGGUCGCAAGAAGGAGAGCAGCCAACCGCGCCAAGGGAAGCUGCUUGUUCAGAUUACACAGAGCAGUAACCUGAUGCAGAUCUAGAUUGGUUACCAAGCCAUGCAUGAUGGGGAAUUCUUUUAAUAUACUCUUAGUUGUGUGCAGACUUUUAACACAAGACGCAAAAAGGGGAUGAAUCAUGUUUUAAAAAGAAACUAAAUUGAUGUUUUGGUAUUAUCCAUCCAGUUUAAAAAAAAAACUGUUGAUGACGAUCUAGAUUUGCUACCAAGCCAUGCAUGACUGGGAAAUUAUUUUUAAUAUACUCUUAGUUGUGUGCAGACUUUUAAAACAAGAAGUAAAAAGGCAGAAUCAUGUUUUGAAGAAAACUAAAUUGAAGUUUUGGUAUUGUCCAUCCAAUUUAAAAAAAACAAAGAACAACAAUUUAUGAAGAUCUAGAUUUGCUACCAAGCCGUGCAUGACAGGGGAAUUAUUUUUAAUAUACUCUUAGUUGUGUGCAGACUUUUAAAACAAGAAGUAAAAAUGCUGAAUCAUGUUUUGAAGAAAACUAAAUUGAUGUUUUGGUGUUGUUCAUCCUGUUUAAAAACCAAACAAAAACAACAAUUGAUGAAUGAUUCAGGAACUUUAGUGGAAUGUUUUGAUGCUGUGCUUAAUUUAAUAUUCUGCAAAGUACAUAAAGAGAGUUGUUACGCUCAACUAUGUAAAAAAAAAGUCAUACAUAAACAUUUUUCUAUCAGAUUUUUAAAUUUGUUACCGGUAGCUGAAGAAUUUUCAGAUUUGAAAUAUUUUUAAUUGGUGUAAGAAAUCAACACUACAUUUUUUAUAAAAUCUUACUGCAUUAAACUUUGUAGUUUUUUUUAAUUAGUGUAAGAAAUUAACACUACAUUUUUAUAAAAUCUUACCCCAUUAGGGAUCAUAAGUAGUCUUAUUUAAUAAUUGUUUUAACAGUUAAUAUCUUCAGAAAUUUUAUGAAGUUGAUUGAAAAUUUUUCUUCUUUGUUAUAUAUUUUUUAAAAGAUAUAUGUUAGCUAAAACAAACACUUACUGUAUCAGUUUGUUACAUUGAAAUGUGUUAAGUUGCAUAUUAUGUAAACUGGCAAUUAAAGUCGCAGACCCUAGUUUCAGCCCAUGAAAAUGGACAGUAAGUUUAGAUAAUCUACAAACCUGUAACACAUAAAGUAAAGUUACAAUAGAGUGAAACAAGUCUUAGAGUCUGUGACGUUAAAAUGGGGGGAAUACCCUUUAAAAUAGACUAGAACUCUCCAUAGCUGUUACUUCUCAGAGGUAUGUACAUGUGGAAAAAAAAAAAAUUAAAUUGUGGUAUUAGAAACACCAACAUAAUCAGAAACAAUUUAGAUAUACAGAAAUGGAUAACAGUAAUCUAAAUUAUAAUUUCUGAGUAAUGUCUGAUUUCAGUUAUCAUAAACGCCUCGAAUACUGAACAAAAAUGCAGUAGUGUUUUAAAAAAUAGGGUCUGUCACUUUAACAAUUAACUUUAGUUAAGUACAUGUGCGUGAACUAACACACUAUUCCCCAGUUCUGUAUUUAUACCAGCGAUUUUAACAAAGGCGUCCAUUUUCUUUUAUUCUUUUGUGUUGUUGCUGUAAAUGUGCUUUUAGAGUUAAAAUGAAGUAUUGUGAAUUUUUAACUAUUAACAAAGUAUUUGCUAUCUGAAUUUUUUUUUAUCCUUUCAGAAAUCUAAAUCAGUUUUAGCUGUGCGAGAUGUGUUUUUAGGCCACUUAAAAAUAUUAAUUUAUUAAAUGCACGUACUUUAAAAGGUUUUUAUUUUCAUCUUCAGUGGACAUUGAUUUUUAUUGAUGAGUUUUAAAAUGAGAGUUCCACUCACAUUUUAAAUGUUGUUGGAAGUGGUAAAUCUCUGCUUUAAUUGAGAUGUAAUUUGUAAUUGCAUUAGGACCAUAGGUACAAUAAUAUGUAAUAAUUUAGAUAUUGUUUAUCCUGACUUACAGUACUAAAUGUCCAAAAUACUUGUGAUACUUACUUAUGAUAUUUCUGAUAUUCAUUCACUUUUCUUGGUUUUUAAAUGGAAAACGUAAUAAAUAUUAUUUCAAUUACCCAUCCAUAAUUUACUAUAAUUUUUAAAUUUUAAAUUAAUACUUUUAUUUGGCCUAUCUACAUACAUGUAUUUGUAUUAAAUACACAAUAUGUUACAGUUAUACGAAACCUAGUUAUUGUUUUUGUAAAGGUGUGUGGGUUUAUAUUGGCAUAUUGUAUAUUAUUCCUUUUUUUCUAAAAGAUGCAUAAACAUACGCUCAAGCUUCUUUUAAUUAAAGAUUUAAAUCUAUUUUAGCAUGUUUCAUUCAUCCACCAAUUGACAUAAUUAUAUUGAUGUAUUAUUGUGUAGCAUUUCUCGUAUCUGCUUCUUAAGAGUUUAUUUUUACAUUUUAAUAAUUUCUUUAAUUGAUCAUAUGCUGUGAAAUCACUUUAAAAUUUGUUCUUGGUGUUCUAAAUUUCGUGGACUAGUGCAGUCGACUAAUUUAAAAACACAAUGACAAUAUAAUACAUGUAUUCAUAUAAUACAUAUAUAAGCUUUAUGAUGCUACCUUUUCGAUCCACGAAGUUAAAUACCCAACAAAAUGUGUUUUUAGCAAAACUAUGAAUAUUUAAGUCCCAGAAAAUAAGGAUUUCUCAGUAAUGGAAAGUCCAUACUUACUAAUAUUUUUCACAACUCAAACGAAGACACACUGACCCAUCUCAGUCUAAAGAUAAAAUUGUUAACUAUGAAACAAAGUUGACAGACUAAUACAUUCAACAGGUUUUUUUUCCUUAGCAUGAAUAGUCUGUUAGUAAUUUAUUCAGAUAUAAUCUGUUUUACAUUUUAUGUAUUGAUUUGACAGAAUAACCUUUUUUGAAAAAAGUAUGACAAUGAACUACUGCCACAAAAAUAUUUUUUCAUUUACUUUUUGCUGACUAUAGGCUCCCCAAAUACCCAUGUUGUUUUUUUGUUGUUUUAUUUUGGGGUUUUGGGGGGGGGGGGGGGUGUUCCUAAAAGAAAUCUGAACAAAGCUUUUAACCCUCACUAUUUCCAAACAUUUUUCCAAUUGUUGAAAACAUUGAUAUUUUUGGAAUGUUUUACUUUGGUGAUUAAGAAAUAUUUUUCCAUCUGCAGUAAAUAUUUCACAAUACAACCUUAAUUAAAAAAAACUUUUUAUACGUAUAUCAGUUAUGUUCUUGUUUUGUUUAACUUUAUACUGUUGUAAUUUUAUAUGGGUUUUUUUCUUUUUUGUUUAACAUUAUAUCUGCAUGUUUAUUGGGUUUUCAGAAGCUCAGAUAUGUUUUGGAGCCGAUCACCUUUCUUAUUAUUUUAUUUUACUUGUACACAUGUAAAUAAAACAACAAGUAAUGAAUGCAUUGACACACAUUUUUAGAUAAUUAAUGAAUAAUGAAAAUAUUUCUUUGGUGCUAGAAGUAUGAAAAACAAAUUUGUCUGGCUUCUAAAGAACAAUUUUUAAAUUUGCUGAGGUAGUUGACUAAUACAAGUUGGAUAAAUUUCCAGGAAAAGAAUUAUAGAAAGUGGUUAAGUUCUUUGAAAAUUCACAUGGUUAAUAUGUUUGUAAUAAGAAAAUGCAUUUAAAGAAUUCAUAAAUUUAUAUUUGGUCACUAAAUUUAAAGGUACAUUUUGCUAUUUUUAUUUUUAUGUUGCCAUGGAAAUUGAAUGCAUGAAAUCCUAGUCAAUUUUUAAAAUUUCUUUUUUGAUUGAUAUGCAUUUUUGACCUGUUUCACUGUUCUUAUAAGUUUCUCAAAGUUUAAAAGUAUACAUAACAAUAAAACAAAAUUAAACUGCUGAAAUCUGCUUCACCAUAGCAGGUAUUUUUCAGGUGUUUUUUAAAAGUUUUUAUUUAAAUGUAAUACAUUAUGGGGAUUAUCAAUCUAACACUGUUUUUCUUUUUAUCUUCCAUUUUCAAGGUUUAUGUGUAUGUUAUAUUUUAUCUCAGUUACGAUUCUAACUUUAAUUUUAUUUCAUUCUUUUGUACAACAUCAUCAUGCAUCAUUCUCUGUAAGGCAGCUGUAUAAUAGAUGUAUUUAAUACACUGCUUGCUUUUUUAAACACAUAUUAUCAUCAUCAUUAUUGGCUUUAUAUUACAUUGUAUAGUCAUGGUUUGUUCCUGCAUAAUUUGCUUUGUUUCACAAAUAUAUUAGGCUAGUGUGUUUGCUAAAUACAUUUACCAUAACCAGGGCUAGCUCUGCCUCUUGCCAGAUUUGCCAAUAGUGAAUUUUACUAGCAAAUGGUGAAUUUUAUUAGUCCCCUACCGGUCCAACCAGAGGGAACUAUAGGUUUCAUCUCCGUCCUUCUGUCUGUAUGUCUGUCUGUCUCACAUAUAGUUUUCCAGAUGGUUUUUUUUAGAAUGCUUUGAGAUAUUGAGCUGAAAUUUUAGGUAUAGCUUUAUCAUGUACUUUCAUGGUGAUUUUUGACGGAGUUAUGGCCCUUGAACUUAGGAGAUAUGAAAAUUUGUUUUCUGGACUUUGUUUUUUAGAAGGCCUUCAGAUAUUAAGCUAAAAUUUUGUGUAUAGCUUUAUCAUAUACUGUUACAGAUCAAGUUUGACUUUCAUGGCAGUUUACCCAGUUUUGAUGGAGCUAUGGCCCUUGAACGUAGGAAAUACGAAACAUUGUUGGGGGUCGGUAGGGGACAUGUAUUGCUUUAGCAGUACUCUCACAAUGCUUGUUUUAAUUUGGUGAAAAUAUUUCAUGGAAUAAUUGGUACCAGUAGUUUGUUGGAAAAUAACUGUUUUUUUGUUUUUUUUAAAAAUAUUUGUCAAAAUUGUUUCCUCAGAGCUAGCUCUGCAUAAUAAAUGUUUAAUAAAUAAUAAUGACUGUUAGCAAUUAGAGCUUGUUACUAUAAUAGUCACUUCUUUAUAAAAGUAGGACAAGAGUUGUUUUCCCUCCAACACUGAAUCUUUCUGUGAGUUACUUUUACAAGAACUCUGGCUUAUUUUCGGUCUUAUGUCCAGUUAUGGUUAAGCUUGAUUAGGGUCAGUAUCCAUGAAUUUUGUUCAAGGUUGUUUGUUUCAAUACUGUGCCAUACAUUUGUAAUUUUAACAUAGUUCUUGAAAAUACCUACAUUCUCUAAGAGAAAUUGUCAGGGCAAACAUUUUCUGUUGAUCAUGAGAUCUGAGAAAAGUUAAAAUAUUUGGAUAUCUUUAAAUCACGUGUAUUGUUAUUGAACUAAUCCGUGUUUUUGAAAGUAGAUCUGGGCCCGUGCUUAUAAAACUUUCAUAGAGUCUAGACUCCAUCUCUAAUAACGUCACACGCAUGCAGUUUGUUUGGCUUUGUCAUGAUGUUAAAGUCUCAGACUUUAUUAAGAGUCUUGAGUCUAUACUAAAAGUUUUAUAACUACGGGGCCUGUUUUCAAACAUGCAGACAACUGUAGAAAGGAUGUUUUGAUUCUGCUGUACUUUUUUGUCUUUACAUAUAUGUUUUUGAUAUACCAAUAUUUUAUUUUAUCUAACACUUUCUGUGCUUGCCAUUACAUUGUUUUUAAUGAAGUCAUAAAAUAAUGUUGCCUUCGAGAUUAUUACCGGUACAAUAUUUUGUGAUUGUUUUUCUACUGAAUCUUUUUAACAUUGAAAUCUUGCAAAUGUUUAGCAAAGACUUAUUGUAUCAAAUACAUAUAUUAUAAACUGA